GUGGACUUGUGAUGAAUGUUCCAACAGGGUGGUGCCGUCGACAUGACAGACCAAGUGUCGGACUUCCACCUGAGCACCCUCCUACACCCAAGCCAUGUCAUGGAGCUCCAAUCGUACUUUAGCCGCAGCUCUAGCCAGCAGCUAACACUCGCGCAGUUCACCAAAGCCCUCAAGAAGGUGCUCGGCCCUUCCACGACCAUCCCCGACGACCAGCUAGCGCGCAUGUUCCACCGCAUCGACGCCAACUCGGACGGGUCCGUCUCGUGGGACGAGUGGUGUGACUUCUUCCUCAUUUCCGACCAACGACACAUCAACCUCUACCGUGACAUGCACUCGUCGAUCCUGCAUCCCCGAGACGGCUACAGCAGCAAAGACCCGAGCAUUGGCACUCGCAACGGGCUGAUUGUGCACAUCUUAGCAAUGCUGGUUCCCAUGGAGCUACUCAAGCCCCCCGUGUGGCUGUACGUCACGUGCGCGCGAAAUGGUACCGUGAGCUUGUGGGAUCCGUCGUCGCUGGCGGUGCUGGGGUCGCUGCCGCCGCCGUCGUCGACCCAGUGGGUGACGAACAUGAUCGCGCUGUCCGUGCCCGACUUUGUCGCUGUGAGUGUCGUGGACCGAUACAUUUACAUUGUCCAGUUGAGCUCGCUCAGUGUUGUGGUGACCCUGGGCCCGCUGGCCCAUGCAGCGGUGGGCAUGGCCGCGUUUCGAAACGCCGACGGCGAGCACAUGUUUGCGUGUGGGGACAUGGGCGGGGGACUGAAUCUCCGCACGGUUUGCACUGUGUCGUGGGAUGCCGUCGCGUUCUCUAAUCACACGAUCCGCCACGUCAUUCAUAGUGACUGGGUCACGCAGGUGACGUACUUGGCAGCAUAUCGGUAUGUGAUCACGUCAUCCAUGGACAGCACCAUCAAGUUUACAAACUUGUCGGACGGCACAGUGCAGCGGCAAUUCGACUGCCACCAAUCGGGCGUGUAUGUAUUUUACUAUUCGUCGCAGCUCAACUUGAUGGCGAGCAGUGGCGCGCGCAGUGUGCUGCUGUGGAACCCAGAUCAAAUGGACGUGCUGGCGUCUCUCCAAGGCCACGCCAGUCCCGUGCAUCAGAUGGUCAUGGACGAACGCGCGUACAAGCUGUUUACGCUCUCUAUGGACAAGGUGCUCAAAGUGUGGGACUGCUACACGUACCAGUGCACGCAGACGAUUGUGGAUCCAACCGAGUACUUUCCGGACGAGCACAUCGGCCGCAUAUUCUGGGACCACACGCAGCAACAUCUCGUGUCUUCCACCACGCGGCUGCGGGUGUGGCCUACCCACACGGUGCUGCAGACCAGUACCCGCACCAGUCAUGACUGCGCCAUCACGUGCGCGACGUACACGUCCGUGCUGCACCAGGUGGCGACCGGGGACGAACAUUCGUCGAUUCACACGUGGGAUGCUACCACUGGAGAGCUCGUCAUGCGGAUUCCGCGCGCGCAUGGGGCCAACGAGAUCUCGGUCGUGACGUACGAUGCGAGCGGCAAGCGCGUGCUGAGCGGGGCCACCGACGGCACUGUGCACAUUUGGAAUGGAAGCAACGGCCAACUCCUGUCGCGAGUUCAUCGAGCCGAGCCGUUGUCCGGACCGAUGGAAAUAUCAGCCAUCGUGUACGUUGUGCCGCAAGUUACGGCCAAGUCGCUCAAUCAAGACAGGUACUUCGUCGUGAGUGGAUGGGAUCGCCAUGUUGUAAAGUAUAAAGACACCAAGACCCUGGACGUCUCUCCGUUGGAGCUGUUUACAGAUUCCACUCACACCCAUGACGACGACGUGGUCGCGCUGUGCUACAUCCCUGCGCCUGCAGCGCUGGUCGUGUCGGCCAGUGUCGAUGGCGGCGUGUUGAUCUAUUCGUUUUCCAUUCGGUUUUUACGUCACCGACUGAGCUUGGCAAAGGCCCAGGCGGCGUACGACUUCAGCUUUCAAGUCAAAGCCGCUCCGGUCUCAGCCUCAUCUCCAACCCCCGACGACGACCCCUGUGAUUUUGUCGAGUGCCUGGUUGCGUACCCGUCGCAGAGCAGCUUUAUCAGCGGAAGCAGUCGCGGACGCAUUGACUUUUGGUGUGCAGAGACUGGUGGGAUCAAGCAGAGCAUCUUGCCGACCACCGAAUUGCGUCAUGGUUUGACCAGCUUGGCUCUGGACGAUGGCAAGGUGCUGCUGGCAGCUGGCAACGCCGAUGGCGAUGUUCAUCUAUGGGAACUUACCAAUGUCGCGUGGUAUUACAAUUCAACUACUCCGUCAUGGCACCAGCUACAUGCGCCCAAACCCAACGCCACGGCCGCCCUAGUGCGAAAACAUCAGCACUCGAUGCUGGUGAAGACGUGGAAGGCGCACGAAGGGAGUGCCGUUGUCUUCCUGUCCAUUCUGGCCAACAAUUUGGUGCUCUCGGCAGGACGAGACGGCGUCCUCGCCGUGUGGGACUUUGGAGGUGUCCAAAUUGGCGUGUUUGGCCACGAUCGGUUGUCGUUGUCAAGAGAUCUGGCUCCAUUUGACCGAACCCAGUUGGGGGACUUGAAAGCGUCCGCGCAACCGCCGCCCCUGCAGCGCACGCAGGCGACCAAAGCACUUCGUACGACCUUGUCGCCCCGAGUCGCCGGCCGCCUCUUGCCGUCGGACAUCGUGCGCAAACCAGCGCCAUCCUCGUCAUCCCAUGCGACACUGUUCUCUCCCCGUGAACGGCGUCUCAAACUUGCCAAUCAGCUCACGGUGCAUGCGAUGACGGACGUACCACGGCAAGUGCACGAGUUUCUUCACGCGAGCCUUGUGGACGCCACCGAGGCCGAAUUCCACCGCAAAGACGCCGCGUGCAACUUGUAGCAACACGAUCAUAUAAACACACAACACUUGAAUAGAAACAUGAUAUGGACGAGA